AUGCCUCGCGACGGAUCUGGUGCCUCUGACAACGUGGUUGAGGCCGGCCACAACAUCGUCCACGGCGCUGGUGAGGAGAAGUCCACCCACGUCGACCGCGCCGACAAGACCGCCCCCCUCCCCGAGAAGGAGAAGGGUCUCGGCCUUGAGGGCAUGAACGCCAGCGGCGGCCAGAGCCAGGGUCUGGCUCAGGGCCCCAACGUCGGCCAGGGCGGUGCCGGCAGCUCUGCUUAA